AUGAAGCAAUGGACCAUCACCAGCACCGAGAAGGACUUUAGUGGUCUUGAGUACGGCGAUGUCCCGCUCCCCAAGGUCGGCGAGAAUGACGUCCUCGUCAAGAUCCAUGCGGGUUUGUAUCCAUUCCCGGCCAAUGUUCCCAUCGCCGCCUGCUCAGAUGGUGCUGGAGAGGUCGUCGAGGUCGGAUCCCGGGUAACUAAGUUCAAGAAGGGUGACAAAGUCUGCACUCUCUUCAAUCAGGCUCAUCAAUUUGGCCCUGCCGACCCUGCUGCUAUGCAAUCAGGUCUGGGUGGUGUCUUAGACGGCACCCUACGAGAGUACGGCACGUUUGCUGAGUCCGGAUUGGUGAAAGCUCCCCGCAACCUUAACGGUCUCCAGGCGAGCACCCUCACUUGUGCGGCUCUGACUAGCUGGAACGCUCUAUAUGGUCUGAAACCCCUAAAGCCCGGCCAGACCGUGCUCGUUCAAGGUACCGGAGGUGUCAGCAUAUUCGCGUUGCAGUUCGCCAAGGCAGCUGGUGCUAAAGUGAUUGCUACCACCUCGUCUGCGGACAAGGUUGAAGAACUGAAAAAGCUCGGCGCCGACUAUGUCCUGAAUUACAAGGAAGACGCCAACUGGGGCGAGACCGCUCGCAAGUACACAAAGGAUGGAACGGGUGUGGACAACAUCAUUGAGGUCGGCGGAGAGAACACCCUAGAGCAGAGCCUCAAGGCUAUCAAGCUGGAGGGCACCAUUUCUAUCAUUGGUUUCCUCGGCGGUGUUAAGCCAAAGGUCAGCGCGCUAGAUGCUUUGAACAACCUAUGCACAUUCCGAGGCGUCUAUGUGGGCUCAAGGGAGAUGAUGGAGGAGAUGGUCAAUGCAAUUGAGGUCAAUAGCAUUCAGCCUGUGAUUGACAAGAAGGUUUUCGAGCUGGAUCAGGCCAAGGAGGCUUACGAGUAUAUGUGGGACAAGAACCAUUUUGGGAAGGUUGUGAUUAAGGUUGCCUAG